UUUCACAAAAGAUCACAGGACACCAUUACGAAAGUCUUGUUGAUAAACAACACAUUUGUUGAAAUCGAAUCAUGUAACACAGCAGAACCAGGACACUUUGUUAAACAUUAAGCACAAUGUCAGGGCCAACACUGGUGGCUGUUAUAUUGGUGGUCCUUGGACUUGCCGGCCAAGUGUUAGGUGAUAUCCUUGUGAGAAAAGAAAAUGAGACCAUUACUUACUUUGAUGAUAUGAUGUCCAUGUUUGGCCCAAGUAUUAGCAGUAAAGGUGUAAGGGGUUAUGUGUAUGUAGCGAGCCCGCUGGAUGGAUGUAGCGCAGUACAACCACCACCCAUCAAGAACCUUAGCUGGAUAGCACUUAUUGCCCGCGAUAACUGCAGCUUUGUGGAGAAAGUGAGAAAGGCUCAGAACGCCAAUUAUAGUGCGGCCAUAGUUUACAACAGCUAUUCCGACGAUGAUGUGCUAUCAAUGGCAGGCGAUGGGAGCGACAUCAUCAUCCCAUCUGUGUUUGUGGGCUGGACAGACGGGGAGUUGCUGAGGACGCAGUACUGCUUCAACUGUUUAAACCUUGAACACAAGUCUGGCACGUACAACCUCUUCAUUGACAACCAUGAGCCCCAGUAUUAUAACCCCUACGUCCUGUGGCCCUUUGCAGCUGUCGUGGGAACAUGCUUCAUCCUUAUGAUCAUAUUUAUGGUUAUCAAGUGGUGCAGGGACAUUAACCGUAGACGCAAGUCACGACUGCCAAAGAAACAACUCAAGAAAAUACCUACAAAAAAAUUCAAGAAAGGUGAUGAGUAUGACUGUUGUGCUAUCUGCCUGGAUGACUAUGAAGAAGGAGAUAAACUCCGCCUACUGCCCUGCAGUCAUGCUUACCACACAAAGUGUAUAGACCCAUGGCUUACCAAGAACAAACGCUCGUGUCCGAUCUGCAAGAGGAAGGUCUUUCCUGGGGAUGACCCAGACACAGAAUCAGACAGCUCGGAUGAUGAGAGACCAACAGAGAGAACUCCGUUGCUAGGCAACAGUAGCGAGCCGAGUGGGCAGACUAACAGAAGAUCCACGUUUGACAGUUCAGGUUUACCCCCUCCUACUGGUGUUGUCCGAGUGAAUCCAGGUCACACCUGCAGCCAUGAUUCCGACCAAUCAGAGAGUGAGGAGGGGGCAGCAGGUGGAGUCAGGCAUCUUAAUCUGGGCCAAGAGAAUCCUCUUCUCUCAUUGGGCAGGGCACCAGUGCAUGAAAAAAGGCCAGCCAAUCAGAAAGUAGGAUCUGAAGAGAAGCUGACCAAUGAGAACCAAGCUGCUCCAAGUAGCUCAACCUAUCAGGACAAGCAUGAAACUGUGGUCACUGUAACCAAUGAAGGGGCAGAUAAUUCUGGUUUUAGGAAUGAUGAUUUCUCUUCAGAAGAGGAGGAUGGAGAUUUUGGUAACCCUGGUGAUGCUGAUGAUGUUAUGUAUGUUGGGAAGGGCAAAGUGGAUGAAAAGAAAAACAACGGUGUUGUCUGAGAUUAUGUACUUGGAUUUUUUAUUUCUGUAUAACAUUUGUGUAAUUUUGUACCUGUUUGAUAAGUGCAGUGUAUUCUUAAGGUAGAUUUAGGAUACCGUCUACAAUAUAUACAAUGAUAAAGUCAAAUGUUUAAGAUAAGUAUCUGUGCUAGUAUUUACGGUAGUACUGAUCUGUUUCGUGUGACUAUAAUGUAAUACUAUAAAAAUGAUAUAAACGUAGCAGGGUACAUGGUCAAUAAAUGCAAAUCGAGUGAUGCAUAAAUCAAAUGAAACAACAUUUUGCUGAGCAAUUUUGAUAAGUUUAAGGUACUGCUGUAAUUGAUAUGCUUGAUAUUGACAUGAUUUACAUAUGUAUGUGUAUAUUUACUACCAAUUAUUUCUGAUUACACACAAACAUGUUUAUAAGUGGGCAAACUUGCCCAUAUUGUAAGACCAAAUGCACGAAUAUAGCAGACAUUUUAUAUUGCCAUUUUGAAACAUUGUAUGUUAAAGUUGAUACAGGCUUUUUAAACAUAUUGAUGAAUUUAUUAUGCCCCCUUUUGAAAAAAGUGGGGUAUAUUGUUUUGCACAUGUCGGUCGGUCGGUCGGUCUGUCUGUCGGUCGGUCGGAAUACCAAAUGGUUUCCGAUCAAUAACUUGAGAACGCUUUGACCGAGGGACCUCAUACUUGGUAUGUGUAUUGGUCAUCACCAGCAGAUGAACCCUAUUGAUUUUGAGGUCAGUGGGUCAAAGGUCAAGGUCAGUGUGACCUUUACAUGAAAAACGGUUUCCGAUCAAUAACUUGAGAACGCUUUGACCCAGGGACCUCAUACUUGGUAGGUGUAUUGGUCAUGACCAGCAGAUGAACCCUAUUGAUUUUUGAUGAAUAUAUUAAUCACCUUGGGUAUUUAUAAUGGGUUUUCUUUGGCAUUAAGCAUGUUUUGAUGAGGAGCAGACAUAUGGCCUUAUUUAUGGUGUUUACCGCUUUAAAAACAGUUUUAUUCUUGAGCGUUUGUUUAUCUAAAGAGUGCUCCUGUUCUCAAGUGGUUUAAAAAAAGGACUAGUGCUGUACACAUACAAACUUGGAUUUGGAAGUUAUAUUCAAACAGUUUGCUUAAAAAAUUUACAAAAUGAGGGCUCUGCAUGCACAAUGCUGACAAGACUUCAUAAAAAACAGGGGCAAUUACCUCGGUCUUGAGAUGAGCCUUCAAAAAGUAUGUUUUUAUUGUAUUAGUAGAACUCCUGUACAAUGAAUUGCUGGUAUUGUUAACAUUAACAUUAACGUUAACUCUAUAAGCAAAUGGAAUUCUUGAUAAACAUUUCAGACGCUUCAUUCUGGUCACCUCUGUUGAUAUUGAUGUGUGUUAGUGUUUAUAGAGGCCUUCUUAUGAGGGCAAAUAUGCUACGAUCGCUGUUUCGAACCAAUAUUUCUGAGUAGUUAACUAUUUAAAAAGUAAUCCUUUUAUUUGCUAGUUUAGGUCAAGUUAGUUUGGUUUGCAAGUAUUCUUUUUAAUGCCAUAUAUGACAUUCACUUUUUUUUUUUUACGGAAACUCUCGGUCUAACAAUCUUUUGUAUAAGGCUGGUUGAAAAAAUGGCGUGAUAGUUUUUUGUUUAACUUUUACUGUGAUUAUUUCAAUAAACUAAUCCAUAUUUAUGUACAUGUAUGCAGGUAAACCCUUGUGUUAGAACUACUUUGACAUAAAUUAAUUAGCAAGCACUGAUUACCUGUUUUGUAAAUAUACUUAUUUGUUAUUAAGGAUUUUUAUAAUUAUGACUGUUAAUUUGUAUGUUUGCAUUGUGCAAUAUACUGUAUAACCUAUUAAA